AUGUUUAGGUCAAAGUCAACUACAGAAGAAGCUAUGAAGAACCAAAACGACUUAGCGUUGAUCCUUUCGCAGCUUCUCUUCUCUACUAAAGCCAAACACUCUAACACCGUUUUCUCGCCGGCGUCGAUCAACGCCGCGCUCACUUUGGCGGCUUCUGGUCCCGACGUAGUUACUUUAUUCUAUCAUCCAUUCGAUUCUUCAGCCUCUCGUCCCGGCGGUUCUUCAGCCGCCACCAAGGAGAUCCUCUCCUUCCUGAGGUCUUCUUCAAUCGAUGAGCUCAACUCCGUCUUCAGCAAGAUCGUUUCGGUCGUCUUUACGGACCAUAGCGCGAACGGAGGUCCAAAGAUCUCGUCGGUCAAUGGCGUUUGGAUCGAACAAUCGUUACCGAUUGAUGAUUCAUCGUUCAAGGAUAUUUUCGAGAAAACAUUCAAGGCUAGUUUCGAUCGCGUAGACUUUCGAUCAAAGGCUGAAGAAGUGUGUGUGGAAUUGAAUUCGUGGGCAUCAAGUCACACGAAUGGUCUCAUCAAAGAUCUUCUUCCUCAUGGAUCCGUCACAGAAGAAACCGAUGUCGUUUAUGGAAAUGCAUUGUACUUCAAAGGACAAUGGGAAAAACCAUUCGACAAGUCGUAUACGAGAGACAAAGAGUUUCAUCUUCUGGAUGGAACCUCAGUGUCUGUGCCAUUCAUGAGCAGCUACAAGAACCAAUACAUAAAGGCAUAUGAUGGUUUCAAGGUCCUCAGGAUACCUUACCGACAAAGCCAUGGUGAUACCAAUCGAAUUUCCCCUUAUCGACAAGGUGGUGAUGAUACCAAUCGCGGUUUCUCAAUGUACUUUUAUCUCCCGGACAAGAAGGAUGGAUUGGACCAUCUUGUGAAGACAAUGGCAUCUACUUAUGAAUUCUUGGAUGGUCACGUUCCAAUAUAUCAAGCUUAUGUUAAUGAAUUCAGAAUCCCAAAGUUUAAGAUCGCUGAUGGAUUAAGCGGUGGAGAUUUGGGAUUUAGUGCAAUGCCCUUGUUCCAUAAAGCUUGUAUCGAGAUCGAUGAAGAAGGCGCUGAAGCUGCUGCUGCCACUUUUUGUUCGAGCGGGGGUGGGUGUGGGUUUAUGCCUCCUCCGAGGAUAGAUUUUGUGGCAGAUCAUCCCUUCUUGUUCUUGAUUAGAGAAGACACAACUGGAACUGUUUUGUUCGUUGGUCAGAUCUUCCAUCCUUCCCAAACAUCUUCUUAG